AUGUCACAUUGGUUCCAUCGAAAUCCUAUCAAACCCACCGAAUUCGCCAAAUUCGAACUGAAAGGUGUUCUAACAACAGAUACAACUUCGAAAAUUUGUGGAGAACUUCGUCUUCGCCGCGAUAAAUUAUUGAGUCAUUUCAAAAAUGCAGCAAACGAUUUAACUGAAGUUAACACGGAUUUUACCGAAUAUUUGAGAUUAUUCGCCGGGUUUUUAGUGGAAAUUCAACCUCCCGGUUCAAAUAAGUGAGUUUUUUUGUUUAUUAUUGGGAAAUCAAUAUAUCUGGAUUUUCAGAGAAGCCGGUGAGAAGAACAGCAAACUUAUACCAUUACAACGCUUCAAAUGGGGAAACUCAAUGCUCGUCUCAACUCCAACGUAAGUCCAUUUUAUUGAAAAUGAAAUUUCACGCUUGAUUUUUCACAAAACGAUAAAUCUGAAAUGAUUUGUUUCAAAAAAUGAUAUUCCAGCGAAGUUUCUGAUGCAUGGUUUGAAGCUCUUUCAAUGAUCCAAAAUAUGGCAAUCUGGUUAACAAAACACGCUGCUUGGGUUGCUGGAAAAGAUGAAGUUCGGGAUUCAGAAGCCAAAGAAUGUUUGCAAUGUUUAAGACAAGCUUCUGGAAUGUUUAGCUAUGUGAAAGACGAAUCUAGUGAGCUUUGAAAAUAGCUUAUUCAUAACAACAAGAAAAACCACGUAUUCUAGGUCGAUUAUCGGGUGCAAAUGACAAUGAAGGCUCAGAUUUCGAUCCAAAAGUUCAAGAAACUUAUAUUUUAACAGCAAUCGCUGAAGCUCAAGAAAUAAUAGUUGCACGAGCAAUUGAAAUGAAACACAAUGAUCUUCUUAUUUCUUCACUAUCUGCACAUACUUCAAGUAUAUUUUCCAAAGCGGAUCAAUGUCUUUCAAAUCUUCCUGAUGAAAUAUUCUCGCGAUGGAGAAAAUAUUUACAAUUAAAACAUCAUUUUUAUCUUGCUUAUGCUUAUGCAUUUUUGGGACAAUCUCAAUUAUCAGAAGAUAAAUGUGGUGAUGCUGUCAGGUAAAUUUUUCAUUUGAAAAUCAAUUUUUCCUUGAAUUGUAAAAUUAUUUUCAGAUCUUGUAAAACUGGAAUGUCUGAAUAUUCGAUAGCAAAAGAAAUGGCAGCCAUGUAUGCAGUUGCACCUGGACCAGGAAGUCGGAUAAAACCAGAACAACAUUUAUUUUUCCGAAAAAUUGAACCACUUCUUAAUCGACAUUUGGAAAAAGCAGAAAGAGAAAAUGGAUUUAUUUAUCAUCAAAAGGUAUUUUUUCAAAGAAAUUUAUUCAAAAAUUCAGCUAAUUUUUGCAGGUUCCCGACGAAGUUGCAACUCUCGAUUCUGAAAUCACAUAUGGUAUUGCAAAACCAGAAGAAUUCAAAUAUCCAAGACCAGCUGAAAUCUGGAAUACUGCAGUUUAUGCCGCUUUUGAUAUUUCGAAAGCCACAAUGCCAGAUUUUUCAAAAAUGAAGAAGAGCUCGAAAAAAUUGGAUUCGGUGCAAGAGGAAAAGAUUUAUCAAACGGAAAAAGAUCCGAAUAAUUCAAGUGGUUGUGUUAUUGCAUGA